AUGCUAAGAAAGACUGAUACAAAUGUGGUUUGCAGAUUACCAGAAUGUGUCACGUUCGAAGAAGCUGCCCUUUUAGAACCCUUGUCAGUUGGUGUUCAUGCCUGUCGACGAGCGAACAUCGAAAUGGGACAAAACAUCUUGGUGCAAGGAGCAGGACCAAUAGGAACGUUAUGUAUGAUGACAGCAAAAGCAAUGGGAGCAGCACAGGUUGUGAUCACGGACUUGGACCAAGGUCGUUUAGCCCUUGCAAAGACGCUCGGAGCUGACCAUGUUGUUUGCGUCAGGGGCAUGUCAGUGUUGGACGUUCAGGAUGCGGUACUCGAUUGCUUACAUUGCGAACCCGAUGCGACCAUAGAAUGCACUGGAGUGCAGGCUUGCAUGGAGUCAUCUAUCUUGGUAGCCGCUAAAAAUUCAAACCCUUGAGA